AUGAGCUUUGCGCAUUCUCGUUGCGCGAGAGCAACAUUCGACCUUUUCGCUCUCGCCCCACUCUUCGCGCAGCCAGAAAGCGAAGAAGCUCUGCGCUUGCAAAUUCAUUACGUGACAUUUCUCGCAGGCCAAGUCCUUGUGAUGGGUAUUUGCCAAGGGUUUGGUGUGUUCUUGCCAGCCAUUAUGGACGACUUUCAUACUAGCCGAGAAUUCACCGCCUGGAUUGGCUCAAUAGCCUUUGGAAUGAGCUUUUGCCUGUCUCCUGUGGCUGGUCGAUUGUGUGACCGCUUAGGCUCGCGUUACGUGGCGAUAAUCGGCACUGUAUUCUGUUCCCUGGGGCUCAUCCUAACUUCCUUGGCAAGAAGAGUUGAGCUGUUCUUUCUCACUCAUAGCGUGAUGUUCGGGCUCGGGGCUUGCUGCUGCCGGACAGUGAACUUCCUAAUAACAGCCAAGUAUUUUGUCAAGCGAAGGUCGUUUGCGACCGGGCUGGUCACAGCGGGGACUGGUUUGGGGAUUUUCGCUUUAGUGCCGAUUGCUCAAAUUCUGAUCGAUAACCUUGGCCUCAGCGGAGCAUACAGGGUUCUUGGUGGUGUAGUUUUGGCGAACUGUCUCCUUGCGUUGAGUUUUGAUCCUAAUGUAGAGGAAGAAGUAGCAUCAGUGGUGCAAGAAAACACAAAGAAAGGUACCGAGGAACCGCAGAGAAACCAGCAAAAACUUAUCGAUUUCUCAGUCUGGAAAGUACCUACUUUUGCCAUUGUAACUUUGAGUUUUACAGGAAUAUCCAUUGUACUAAAUACACCCCAGUUUCACUUGGUAAGUGGUGUCCUCUUAAUUAUUUACUUCAACAUACCACAGGUUCGGUACUGCAAAGACUUGGGUAUCCCUGAAGAUAAGUCCUCCAAGCUGCUGAUGAUCUAUGGCCUUAGCUCUUGCGUUAUGCGGAUAGCCUCCGGUAGAUUGUGUGACAUCAAAUGGAUAAACCCGAUUUAUGUUUACCAAAUUGGACUAUUUACCAUUGCUGUGGCGGUGAUAUCAUUCGGUGUAGUCUCUGCCUAUCUCCCUCUCUGUGUUGUUAGCGUGUUCUAUGGGAUCGGAGAUGGAAUAUGUCUUUCAUUAACCAAUCUUCUGCUGCUGACCGCAGUGGAGCCUGAAAGACGAGCUUCCGCAUUUGGAUUGGGUAACAUGUUCAUCUCGAUUUCCACGACAGUUGGUGCGCCACUAGCUGGCUUCAUCGCGGACAAAGCGGGCUCUUAUGAGUUGGCAUUCUACAUUGCUGGUUCCAUGGGUAUGAUAUUUUUUUGUAUUCCAUUUAUCUUGCUGUGCCUAAGAGGGAACGCAAAUCAGCGGGAAGAAAUAAGGGCGACAAAAGAGAGUGACGAAGUUUAA